AUGAAAAUACAACGUUGGUGUUGUGUAGCAGUUGCUACGAAGAAGACGGUGUAGGGGAGGAGGUUUGUAAAUGUGAGGAUUUAGUGUUCGUGUUCGUAUUACAUGUUCACGGUAGACAUCAUCACCAUUGUUACGAAUGCGGAAGACCACUGACAACAGGAGAUAUGUGUGAUGCAAGUAUACUGCAGCCAGGCUUCACGGGGGAUUCAUCGACGAACGUAAAAUUACAGAUUGUAGAAUUAUUGUUAGGUUGUGUAAGAAACGGUACGUAUCGAUGUGGUGGUAGGACAUCUUUUCCAAACGAUGGGAAAAAAAGGAAGUUGUUCGAUGUAGAGUGAGUGAGGCAGAAGAUAGUGGAAAGAGGGGAAAUUAUAGUGUUUAGUAAAGUGGUUGAAGCUGACAAUGUAGUAAAUGUGUAUUUCAUAAAUAUAUUAUAAAUAAUUAAUAGUUGAUAGUAUGUUAUUAAUUUACACCACACGUAAAUUGGAAGGCAGUUUACAGAAAAUUCAUGAGCGUAGCUUCGUUGAGUGAACAACCAUACUCGCGAACAUUCGUGACAAAGAUUUCUGACGCAUGCGUAUACGGAGAACGUGAGCACAACAUUAGCUCAUGAGGAUUAGCAUGAUAGAGUAAUCGACGCAUGCGUAGUACGCGAAAACGCAGGUGUUAACUGUGUAGAUGACGUCACGUCUGCAAACCACAUUCCGAUGGUGGUUGAGAGGCGGAAAACUUGUGUAGAAGGAGGGUGCGGGGUAAGCGGGGAGUAGUUGGUAAGCGGAGAGCGUUGUCUCAUUCUGUUUUAGAACGUUGCGUGAAGUGGACGGUAAUAUUUUAAAAAGAAUGGUUGGUAAAGAUGUAAGGAAGCCGGCAGUGCCGAAGUCCCGUUUCGGGAAGUUUAGGGCGGGUGCUUUUGAAAUAGUUGGAGUCGUCACCUCAAUGGCGACGUUAUCGGUCGCCUCAACCAUAACGACUAUGGCAGCGGGUAAGAAGAAGCUGGGAAUCCGGCGGAAUAGUGUGGCAAAGACGUCUCCGACGUGGAGCGGUUCGGGGACGAGGCCCACCAUAAGCACGGUGACCCCAGCAGAAACGCUGCCUCCACCGACGACGACGGCUCCAACAUUGGCACAACGGGACCAGUUGAUGGGUACAUGUGCCAUAGAUGUGACGAUGCCUCUGUGGUGUAUAUCACCUGUAUCACCUCUGCCCGACACCCCCAUGACGCCUUCACAGGAGAUGGAGCGUUUAGAAGGUGUCAUGGUAAGUGCUCAUCAUGUGCAAGAAAAGAUGGAGGCACUGACGUCAGUGUGGUCGAGUAUGCUAUAUCCGGCUACAACCGCAAGCAGCCAACAGGGGUGA